UUCCUCACUUCGAAGGACGGGGGUGUCAAAGAAGGGGAAGGGAAGAUGGCGCUCCUGGGCGACGACGGCCGGGGCUACGAGCUGGCGAGGAAGCUGGAGAGCUUGGGGGUGUGGCGGACGUGGCUGGGCGACUCCGGCUACCUGAGCCUCGCCCCCUUCCUCUCCUCCCCUUCCUCCUGGGACUCCUUCAUGCGUGCCGACGACUCCAAACCUAGGGCUCAGCUCCACCUCCAGCUCCGCGCUCGCGCCCUCCUCUUCGACAAGGCCAGCGCCUCCCUCUUCCUCCGCUCCCCUCCCUCCGCCUCCGCCUCCGCCGCCGCCGCCGCCGCCGCCGCGAAGGGCUCCUCUUCUUCCGCCGUCGCCGUCUCGAGGCUCAAUCCCGCAUAUUUGCAGUUGCACGGCGAUGAUCUGUACUUCCCGCUCGACGGUGCUUCGCAGGAUGGCCUUCCUCAGCGAGAAGUCUCGACGUCGUCGAAGGGUAUGCAAUCUCAAUCUAGAGCGACUUUUGGUGUUGGCCCAAGAUACAGUGAUCCAGAAGUAGAUGCUUCAUCCCAGAGAUUGAGAAAGGAAGACUUGCCAGAGACGUGGUACGAUCAGUUUAUUGAGAAGCAUAGAGCCAGUAAACCAUAUAGAUUAUCCAAUGGGGGUCUAGGUUCAAACAAGCGCACGCCUGAAGAUAUGUUUAGUUAUCUCAAACUUCUGGAGAAACAUAAGAGAAAGCGUGUCGUCUACAAGGAUGAUCAAGCUGGCUUUUUAAAUCCCACACAGCACACACCCAUCAGCAUGAUUGCAAGUCCUGUUCAAGAUGUUGGAAUUGAUGAUGACACAUCUUUUCUACCAGAGGUGAUGUUCAUGGGUAAUUGUGUACCUGAUAGUGCAUUGCCAGUAUCAUAUAGGUUAGAAGACAAGAGUAAAGUGGAGUUUCGUGGCGUUCUUGAUUCGUUGCCUCAAGUUGUAACCAGGAGCCCAGUUAUGAUCGAGAGACUUGGCAUAAGGCCUGAGUACCUGAGCUCUGAACAGGGAGGAAGUUUAUAUAGAGGGAAAAAUGGUUUAGAAGGGAGUGGGAAACAUCUUGGUGAAGAACGAGCAUCACUUGUUUCUCAGAAAGUCGUUGCACGAAUGUUGACUAGUUUGGGUUUUGAAGGUGCCACAGAAGUUCCAAUGGAAGUGUUAGCUCAGUUACUGGGUUCGCAUAUCUGUAAACUCAGCCAAAACUUGAAAGUCCUUGCAGAUAGCUACAGGAAGCAAUAUUCGGCCAUUGAAUUGCUUAAAAUGUUCCUUCAAGUAUCUGGGUUCAGCAAUCUUGGGACCUUAGCGGAGCUUGUCAAGGAUGGCCCUAAGAACUUUUCUCAGCAAAGUCAGCAUCAAGUACCAGAAAUGCAGCCCUUAUUGCAUUCACAGCAGCAAACGGCCCUUAGACUUCCCCAGCAAAUGCCAAGACAGAUGAAUCAACAGAUGCAGCAGUUUUCUCACGGUUUGACAUUUCAGCAAUUAGAGCUUUUACGAAGACGGCAGGCUUCUAGUCCUCGUCCCAUCAUGGACUUUGAUAAGAGCAGGCCCAUGGUCCAAGUGAAAAUUGAAAACCCAUCAGAUCUACCAAUUGAUGGUAAUGCAUUCAAUGCUGUCAAUAUGAGACACCCACAGAUGCAACAGUUCCGACAGCAGCAGAUUGCGGCAAUGUCCAAUCUCCAUUCUCAACACAAUAGUCAGUUCAGACCAAUGUCUACUCUUCAAAUGCCCCAAAUGCAGACUCAGAAUGUAGGUAUGGUUAGAGCUCAACCUGUGAAGGUUGAAGGUUUCCAGGAGUUGAUGGGUGGCGAUUCUACGAUGAAGCAUGAUCCGGAUGAAAAUAAGCUUACCUCUCCAUCAAAUAAAUAGAUUUGUACGUCAAGUUGCUUUCAUACUGUUCUGUGCAAUCGUUUGAGCGAUUUGUUUAGGGAAUAAAGGAAUCUCUAUUUUUUUCUUUCACUAGAUAUGAUGUAUGUGCUUAAAUAUAGGUAUAGUAGAUGCCCAUGUGGUCGAUGUUGAUAGUCAUACUCUUGUUUUCUUGUGGUCUUCUGGGUACAGAUGAUAUUAUUUAUAGGAUGUUGGUUUUUAGUAACUUAGACAAAUCGCUGCAAACGGAGAAUAGUUGAUCCUGAUGCCUGACA